CAGAUGGGCGCCAUAACACUACAUGCUGUGUGGUGCGGCAUGUGGUGUUAUGCUGCCCUGGGGCGGAGCCGGGGCAUGCAUUGUGUAGACACUAUGCCCCGACUCCACCUCCAACCCGGCCCAAACUGCAGUCUUCACAGCCCCACAGUAAUUCAUCCUGGUUUUUAAAAGCUCGUGUACUGUUGACAGUGUAGAAGAAUAUUAAUAUCUUACGUUCCAGGACAAACAGGGAAACAGUUGCCCACAGUAAUCAUUACAACAGCAAAUUCAGGUGAUAAGAGCUACUAGGAUUUAAGACAGAAUUUGGCUACUGGGAAGCGAGAGGCUGGUACUGACAUGCUUGCAGAAACCUUAACAUUUGGAGUAGUCUCAAAAGUAUGAAACAAUAAUACCUCUAAGGGUGCAGUAAACCCAUCAAAUAGCCCAGUAAAGACAAAGUGUAUUUAGGAGUCACAGCAUAUCUUGAAGAUCCAUAAUUUCAUUGAUGCAGUGCAUGCAAGCCAAUGCAACUCAGAACUAUUUUAUAUCACUUAUGUUCCUAGCUACUGUGGCCAGUUCAUAACCUAGUGGCCAGCUGUCUGGUGACAAGCCUGCUUGUACUCAGCUAGGUUGGUUCUUGGAUGGCAAACAUAUAGUUUACCACAAAAGCCAUACUUCAAAUGUUACCAGUUUUCUAAGAUCUGCUCCUGCAGCAUAAAUUUGAAAGCCCUGGGUCACUUCUACACCAUGAUGAAACAGUAGAUUAAGAACCGGUGAAGAUUAUGCAGAGUUCCUGUUAUAAAAUAAAAAUGGGGAAGAAAGAGGAGUGGGAUGCUUUGGUUGAAGGAUUUUAAAGAUGGAUUAUUUUCGGACCUGCACCUUGCUCUUUACACUGAUAUUAUCAAGAAGUGUCACAUCUGACAUGGAGAAGACAAAUCCAGAUUCAGGCUUUGAAAUUUAUAAGAAAUUGUUUGAAGUGAAACGCAAAGACCAGAUGAAUGCCCUGAAGAACCUGAUUGAACUCAAUGAUGUGAACCAGCAGUACAAGAUCAUAGACAUCAUGCUCAAGGGUCUCUUCAAAGUUCUUGAAGACUCACGGGCAGUACUUAUAGCAGCAGAUGUGCCACCAGAUGGGCCAUUCCCUCAGGAUGAGAAGCUAAAGGAUGCAUAUUCCCAUGUGGUAGAGAACACUGCCUUUUUUGGUGAUGUAGUCUUACGGUUUCCCAAGAUAGUCCAUCAUUACUUUGAUCGCAACUCCAACUGGCACAACCUAAUCCGUUGGGGGAUCAGCUUCUGCAAUCAGACUGGAGUAUUUGACCAAGGUUCCCAUUCACAAGUACUAGGACUGAUGGCACAAGAGCUGGGAAUUAGUGAAAGAUCUCCAGACUACCGGAAUCCCUUUAAAACAGAUAAUUCUGAAUUCUUCCCCAGUGCAGACACAUUCCAGAAAGCUCUCCGGGAAGAAGAGAAGCGAAGGAAGAAAGAGGAGAAACGGAAGGAAAUCCGCAAGGGGCCUCGUAUCUCCCGCUCACAGUCUGAGUUGUAAUGUUGCUGCCACCUGCCCAGUCUCUGUGACUUGUGCUGGUGUUAGCUGAAGCAGCUGGAAAAGAACAUCCCAGUCCCUUGGUGACCUCAGGAAAAUGCUAGGAUGUUGAAGUUUUGUUUGGUCAAGUUUGGGAGAUUUUAUUUCUUCUUUCAACAGGAUAUUGUCACCUAUCAGAUUGAGCUGCAAGAAAUGGCCAAAUGGAGAUGGGAGUUUUUGAGCACACAUUUCCUUGUGGGGAGACUUUUCUGAGUACCUGGAAUGUACAGAGUUUAUCAGAGAUCAUUCUUCAUGUCUCUGUGUCUUUUUUGAUUUAUGUGACUUUGCCAGUUAGUAAUCUGAAGAGUGCUUGUUGGGAGGGAAAAGGAGGAAGGGAAUUUUUCUGGUACAUGCCACUUCUACAGCUGAUAACACAACAUUCUUCUAUGCAGUUAAGAAGUUAAUUUGACAUGGAGGCUACAUGGUGGUUUUUUUCCAGAUAGCAAAAUUACAUUGAGUGAGCUACAUGUUCUAUUAAAAAUGCACAUUUUUAGGGAAUACUUCCUCAUACAAUAUUUUAAAACUGUCAUACUUUUGAAUGCCCUAGGAUACAUCAAAGAGAUGUUGUUUGAAAGUGUCACUACAGCUGAAAGCCCUUCUUGGUUAAAUUAAAUCCUUUUGUUGUCAAAGUGUUCCCUCUUGUCACAAGGUUAUCAAAUGAUUUUAUUCCUAAAAAGGAACAAAAGUCUAAUUUUGGUCUGGGAAGAUGGUCAGCAAGGGUGUGAAGCAUGAGAUGUGUAUUCAUUUGAACAAGAAGAAAAAGGCACUGAGGUACACUAAUUUUGGCCUAUGAAUCCUUAUGAGCUGGUUUCGUAGGUAUUGUCUCUUGGUGCAGCUCCUGAUUGUCAUAAUUUUUGUCAAAAACAGUAUUGUCAGCACUGCACAAUGAGUAAUUACAAAAGUGUUAUGGGAUUAGAGAUCUCACUCCUUUUACUACAACCAAGUGGCCUCAUCUGUUUUCUCAGUGGGAGAGCUUGAAAGUAUUGGUUAUGUAGAUUGUCAUGUAAUUUUUUUUGGAGCCUGCUGUCUAGUGAUGAAAGAUUGGAGCAACUUUGCCUGUGGCUGCUGAUCUUUUACUUUCUACUACAAUUCCUUUUCUGCUUCUCACUUCCUAGUAGCUUUGAUAUGUUGGUGGUGACCUUUAUUUUGAAAUGUUGGGAGGAUGAGAUACCAGAUUUGCCAUUGUUCUGAUACUUUUGGGGGGGGAAGCAGACAAUUUGACAGUGAUUUUGUUCUCUAUCAUUUCUUUUCUUAUCAUUAUACUAAAAAAAACCCUAGGAGUUGUGUGCUCCUCAUGUGAUCAGUGAAGUUUUGAGGACCUCUUCUUACUAGUCUACUACCUUAUUGCUCCAGAGGAACAAGCUAACUUUCUUCUUGACCUUUCAACCAUUUCAUACAAGCUUGGGCCUGGAGCUCAGAUUCCAACUCUACUAUUGGCUUUAUAUUAGAGAAUGACAUUGGUGGCAGUACAGCCAAUGCUCUCUUUCCAACUCUUAUUUCUCCACUGGUGAGCUGAAUUGUGGAUUCAUACAUCAAUAAAUGGGCACACUCUGGGCAUUUGGCCCAAAACUGUGACACUGCUUUGGCACACUGGUUAGCUUUUGUUCAGGAGUGGGAUUGAUUCAUGCCAGCAGAACUCUCUGAAUUGAGAUAACUGGAACAUUACACUUCCCAAUCCUAUAUGACCACUUGCUGUGCUAGCACUCAGCACAUGUGUUCUUUCUGUCAAGACUAGUUUUGGAUAAAGGUUUAUUUUCAGGCCUUGAAUGAAUUGCACAGCUCUACAUGGUAGCUUGCUCUUGCCAAUGGAAGAUUAUUUUAUAGAGAAGGAGAGUAUUUCUGUGGAUGCUGCAGUUUUGAUGUGGUACCUUCAGGCUGUUUUACAAGGCUAAAGAUGGAGUUUACUUUUAUUUUCUAAACAGAAAGCAGGUUAUGCUUUGUUUGUUUUUUGGAUAUGUAUUUAAACUGGAAUUUGAUUUUGCGGUUCUUGAAUAAAACUGAACAUUUUAAAAAA